ACAUCAAUUACCAGGAUGCCCCACCAAAAUGAGGCCAGCCUUCUCGGGCCACGUGACCACCCGACUAUCCAACCGAAUGCCGCGUUACAGCUGCAGGGCCGAGCAGUGUUUGUAAGACGGAAUGGCGACGGUCGAGGGGAAGAAGAUGCUUGCUGUUCUGGGCUGAAACCGACCAUACAGCGCGGGGAUCCUAUCAUAGGUGCUAAAACGCAGAUCUCACAGCACGCUGCCACAAUGGAGGCCGCUUCGAUAGAGGCGGGGGUGGCGGUGAGCCAGCCCGCCAUGGUCUCCUCCCCCCCGGCGGUGCCGGCCCCCCCCGGCCUGGGCGGCCGGGCCCGGGACAGGAGGAAGACCCCGGCCUUCCUGUGGAACCUGGGCAAGCCCACGCUGCGGGGCAUACGCAAGUGCCCGCAGUGCGGCGUGUACAACGGCACCCGCGGCCUCAGCUGCAAGAACAAGGCCUGCGGGGCCGUGUUCCGGGACGGGGGGCCCGCGGGGGGGGGGCGCGGCCCCAAGAAGGCCGGGGCCGAGGUGGUGCGGCUGGUGACGGACGGUGGCGGCGGGGGGGAGGCGGGCGGGGCCGGGGGCGGGGCUGGGGGCGGGACGCAGGUGUUCUCGGUCCGGCAGCGGGGGAGGGGCCCCGAGCAGCGCGGCUUCGUGGAGCUGGCGCUGACGGACACGGCCAUCGCCACGGCGGACGGGACGGUGCUGACCCGCGUCAGCCUGGGCCGCUGCUUCCUGUCCGCCUGCCGGCAGGGGCGGGGCGGGGGGCCGGCCCAGGCGCAGCCCCGCCCCCAGCAGCGGCCCGAGAGCCCCUGCGCGCACGUGAAGCAGGCCAUGGACUGCCACGCCCAGGCCACGCCCCUCCCGCUGAAGAGCUCGGUGCUGGACGCCCUCCGGGGCUCCGCCCAGGCGCGGGAGGACCUGUGGCGGCUGGCCGCCGAGUCGCCGGGGCCCCUGGUCCAGCGCGUGUCCCGGGGCACCCUGGUGGUCAAAUGCCACGUGACGGAGUCCCACCCCCUGGGGCUGCUGCACCUGAGCGUGGGGGGGCGGGGCGCGGGCCGGAGCCGGGAGGGGCGCGGGGCGCACUUCCACUGCGCCUGCCAGGCGGGCGGGCAGGCCCGGCGGGGGCCAGGGGCGGGCGCGGGGGCCAGGGGGGCGGGCGAGUUUCCGGGCGAGGCCAGGGACCCGGACGCAGCCGCCCCCCUCCCCCCCUCGCCCCCCGAGGCCUGCCUGCACUUCUUCGCCUGCGUCUGCGCCUUCGCCAGCGACGACAAGCUGGCCGCCGAGUUCUCCGCCUUCCUCAACUACGACACCAACGGUGUACAGGUGAGCCUCGAUUGCUCCAUGCUCUGCUCCAGCCCGCAGCAGCAGUCUGAUCCCGGGAGUCACCACAGAUCCAAGAAACUCCGCAUGGAGGACCCCGGCCUGGUGACUGCUCCCACUCUGGCUGUCAGAGAGGGUUCGUCCGCACCUGCCCUGCGGAAGGGGGGACAAAGGAAACACCCCAUUUCCACCGCGCCCAAAAACUCAGCAGACGUCCAGCCGGUUCACGAGAGUCACGUCUCCUUGCCGUUCCGGCAGUGGCUGGCCAGCGUCACCGAGAGGAUCCACCAGACUAUGCACUUCCAGUUCGACGGAAAGCCUGAGCCGCUGGUGUUCCACAUCCCUCAGUCUUUCUUCAACGCUCUACAGCAGCGCCUGUCCCUUGGAUCCAAGAAGAGGAGGCUGCCCAACUCCACCACAGCGUUUGUGCGGAACGAUGCUCUGCCGCUGGGCACCUUCUCCAAGUACACCUGGCACAUCACCAACCUGCUGCAGGUCAAACGCAUCUUCGACACGCAAGAGCUUCCCCUGGAGCUGACGCAGAGUUUUGUGAAGAACCGCGACGGCUCGUUUUCGCCGUUCCGCUGCCAGGAAGCGCCCCCCGAGUCUCUGGCCGAGGGGUACGGGCGGGCGGACCGGCCCCAGGCCAUCCGGCCCCUGGAGCUGCGCACCUUCCUCAAAGUGGGCCCCUCCUCCGAGCAGAAGGAGGCCACGCCCUUCGUGAUCGAGUGGAUCCCGGACAUCCUGCCGCGCUCGCGCGUGGGCGAGCUGAGGAUCCGCUUCGAGUACGGGCACCAGCACGGGGGCCAGCCCGAGGCCUGCGAGGGGGGGGGCGCCGUCGCCGAGGGCACCCACCCCGCCCCCGCCCCCAGCCUGGAGAUCAUCCGCGUCGCCGUCCCGUGAGCCGCGGCCGGACAGAGAGAAGAGGAGGAGGAGGAGGAGGGUGGAGGAAGAGGAGGCGGGACUGUGCUAGGCGUUAAUAGGCUUCCUCUGCCUGCCCAGAUCUCAGACUGCACAAACACUGCGUCACAAAGCGUUCUCC